CAGACCCUAGCAGGGUCCAGGGGAGUCAUGUGCUCAGCCUUAUCCUGCCAUAACACAGACAGACAGGAGAGGAGUCAAGAUCUAGAAACAACACAAACCAGCUGGAACACAUCUUACAGUGGAUGUACUUCAAGGAGUGUCUGCCUCUGUUAGUCACAUGCGCUCACUGUAGUUGGAGGGGAAAGUGAAGACUUGAGUUUGGGCACCCAGUAGCCGAGCGGCUGCUCAAUACCGGACCAUGAAGCUUAGCGUGGCGUUGUUUUUUGCAGGGCUCUUUGGGGCGUUGGCAGCUGUGUUCAUCCUCCUCUCGUUUGGAACUGAUUACUGGCUGCUGGCCUCAGAGAGUUGCCCGAGCUCCGAGGGAUCUGUUGGCCCAGGUGGUGUGACCAUUGAGCCCGGAGAUGUGGUGCUGCCGAAGGAGGACAUUUCGUUGGUCACUAGCUACCAUGAGGGAUUUUUCUGGAAGUGUUCAUUUACAAGCGACUCAGCUGAUGAAAAUUCAGUGUGGAAGAUCUGGUUUACAUAUCCGCCAUACUCAAAAUUGUGCGUGCAUGCCUACCUCUUCCCAUUCCCCAUUUCUCAUCAGACCCACAAUGCUACAGAGUAUGACUCAGCCAUCAUCUACAGAGGCUUCUGGAGCAUCUUCAUGCUCAUUGGGGUGGCAGCUGUAUUGCUCGGUGGAUUCUUCAUCAUCUGUGCUGCUCCGUUUGCCAGCCACCGCCUUUAUAAAGCAGGCGGCGGCCUCUUCCUGGCAUCUGGUCUCUUCCUGCUGUGUGUGGUGGUGAUGUACGUGCUGUGGCUGCAGGUGUUGGAUGUGGUGGAUGUCUACAUUGACCACCGGCGCUCCACACUGUGUCAAGACUUCCAGCUGAGCAUCAACUAUGGUCUGUCCUUCAUGUUCGCUCCCGUUGGCAUCUUCUUCUGCCUUCUGUCCGGCCUUCUUUUCCUCCUCAUUGGUCGAACCAUCCAGGUUCACUAUAACUGA